AUGACUUUUCAUUCAUUCCUUCUUGUCAUUCGCGUUAUCUCUCUCUGUCCCUAUAUUUACCGUUUUACAUCUGUCUCUUGGCACUUUUUCCGUUUUGUACAUCUUUCUCGCUUUUUGUUUCGUUUUGCAACUCUUUUUCGCUCCCUUUUCUUGUUUUGUUCUUCUUUCUUGUCCCUUUCCUCCUAUUUCACCUCUCUCUCUCUCUCCUUUUCCCCGUUUAGUACCAAUCUCUCUUUCUUUCUCGUUUUGUAUAUGUUCCUCGCUCAUUUUCCAGUUUUUUAUAUCUCUCUCUCUUCUUUUCCCGUUUUGUUACCUGUCCCUUGCUCCCUUUCCCGUUUUGUACCUGUCUCUCGCUCUCUUUUCCGCUUUGUGUGUUUCUUUCCCCUUUUCAGUUUUGUACUUGUCUCUCGCUCUCUUUCCCGUUUUGUACCUGUCUCUCGCUCUCUUUCCCGUUUUGUGUGUUUCUCUUUCCUUUUCCGUUUUGUACCUGUCUUUCGCACUCCUUUUCCGUUUUGUACCUGUCUCUCGCUCUCUUUUCCGCUUUGUGUGUUUCUCUCCCCUUUUCAGUUUUGUACCUGUCUCUCGCUCUCCUUUUCCGUUUUGUACCUCUCUCGCUCUCUUUUCCGCUUUGUGUGUUUCUCUUUCCUUUUCCGUUUUGUACCUGUCUUUCGCACUCCUUUUCCGUUUUGUACCUGUCUCUCAUUCUCUUUCCCGUUUUGUGUGUUUCUCUCUUCUUUUCCCUCUCUCCCCCUUUUUUUUCUCUCUUUCUUCUUUUUCUCGUGGCCUUUUCUCCUUUCUUUAAUAUUCUUCCAUUCUUUUCUUUCUUACUCACUGGUCACCAUUUCAUUUGUCGUUUCUGUUUUGUUUACCGAACCAAGUUUCUUAAUAAAAAAAAAAUGCUUUCUUUUUCUCUUCUUUUAUCUUUGGCUACUUCUUCUUCCUUUAUGUUGCAAGUUCUUUUAA